UGCCGCCGUGACCAUAGCAACGAGGGGAGCGGGCAGCCAUGGGGCAGGACUACUACGCCGUGCUGGGGCUGGGCCGCGACGCUAAGGACGCCGACAUUAAGAAGGCCUAUCGGAAAUUGGCCUUGAAGAACCAUCCUUUAAAAUGCAAGAAGCCCUGGGCGCAGAAGAGGUUCACGGAGCUGGCGGAGGCCUACGAUGUGCUCAGCGACCCCAUGAAGAAAGGCAUCUACGACAAAUUUGGAGAAGAGGGUCUCAAAGGUGGCAUCCCCUUGGAAUUUGAUGAUGAGAACCCCUGGACCGCUGGCUACGUGUUUCAUAACAACCCUGACAAAGUCUUCAAGGAGUUCUUUGGUGGAGACAACCCCUUUGCGGAGUUCUUUGCUGAGGAUGGCUCGGAGUUGACCCUGCCCUUCGGAGGGCUGCGAGGACGAGGAGUGAUCAAGCAAGACCCCCCGAUCGUGCGAGACCUCUACCUCUCCCUUGAAGACCUCUUCUACGGCUGCACCAAGAAGAUUAAGAUCUCCCGCAGGGUGAUGAACGAAGAUGGACAAACGAGCACCAUCAGAGAUAAGAUCCUAACGAUUGACGUGCAGCCGGGGUGGAAGCAGGGCACCAGGAUCACCUUCGAGAAGGAAGGAGACCAGGGCCCCAAUGUCAUUCCAGCUGACAUCACCUUUGUUGUCCAAGAGAAACUCCACCCCAGCUUUAAAAGAACCAACGACAACCUCAUUUACGUCGCCACUAUCCCCCUGGGAGAGGCGCUGAUCGGCUGCACGGUGGACGUGAGGACGCUGGACGGGAGGCUGCUGAACAUCCCCAUCAAUGACAUCGUGCAAACCCCCAAAACCAAACCACCUUGCAGUGGAGGGGUAAAGCUCCAAGCCUACUGACAAAAUAGACGGGUCCAUCUCAGCAGCCCACGAGAUGAAAACCAUUGUUUUAGGCAUUUUACCAUCAUCUGUGGUUUGCACGCACCCACCCAGCAGUCAGGCUUCCUCCCAGCACUUACAGCAGCACUAAAGACAGAUCAUUUCAGCGGCCAAAGAAACUCCCGUUUCUCCCCAACUCGUUUAGAGCCGGGUUGUGCCCAUGAAGCACCGGGAGAGAUCUGGCUCCAGCUGCCUUUCGAGGUGGAAGCAAGCGGUGCUGGUUAAGGACACGGCUCAUUAGCUGCGGGGCCAGGAAAGUUUCCUGGCGAGCGGCAGCGAUUUGGGAAGCCGAUACGCCGGGCUGACCUUUCCCCUACAUCGUGGAGCUGCUUCUCCGUCCCGGCCGGGCUUGGCCUCGCCGGGCACAGUCGUGGUGGAAAAAAAGUCUCCUGAGGUGAUCAGCUCCCUCUGCCAAAAGAAACGGCGCUGGGAUCCCGGUCCUGCGUGCUCUCAGCUUCGGCGUGCGCUGUUUGGGGAGGGAAAUGGCUUUUUUAGGAAUGAGUGGGUUUGGAGAUUUUUUUGCGGUUGGUCACCUGCACUUUACGGACUCAGACGACGAGCGCCUUGAGUAUUGGCCCUGCGACGGCAUCGCUGGUGAAGACCCUGAUGGGGGAACAGUCUGCAGAUAAAAACCACCCCCUGAUCUACAUCCUGGGCGGACCUGUGCUUGCUAAAGCCAGGUCAAAGCCUGAGAGGUUAACUGUAAGUUAAUUUAACAUCAGCUACAAUUUCUGCAAACAGACAAGCCCAAGAGAGGCUGUAACCACAGGCCAAGGUUUCCCAAAGGAAGAUUUUCAGAUACACUGAGCCAGCCGGCUCCUGCGCAGCCGGAUUCGGGAGCCAGAUCAAUAAGAUCAAGACGAUGGUUUUGGUCGCUGGCUGGUUAAUAAAAUAAAAAUGACCAGGGUGGGAUCAGCUCGUGUGGUUUCGCAACCAAGAGCGCCCUCAAGGCUCACGACAAGCUGACCUACCAACUCCUAAACACCAUCUCCCCAGUUUCACACGGCUAAUUGUGUGAAUUAUGUGAACAGUGCUGCGAAAGACUUCAAGCUGUAUCCAGGAAAAUAGCUACAGGCAGUCAUGCCUUCAAACACUGCCCAUUUUUACCACACUGAAAAAACGUACAUGUGUGUUUAUGAGGAUCCUUGCUUAGUUUUUCUUUUUUCUUAGCACUGCUCUGAGAUGAUUCUCCUAAACCAAAAUGUAAGAAGCUGAGAGAGAUUAAAUGCAGACCUGGCAACAUCAGAAGCUUAAAAACCAGCAGAGAGAGACGCUUGCUGGCCAAGCCACCUCCCUUUGACAGCAUAUUCUGCUCCAGAGUUGACAGUAGCUUAUUCUUCCCACACUGUUUUCUGUGCCAACUGUCUGUGAAACAGCUGAAACAUUAGUACUGGCCGGAGACGGACAGUAACCAGCUCGCGUUGGCUCGGUGCUGGUCCCUGUUCUCUGCACAGCAUUCAUAAGCAGUUCAGAGAGAAAAUCAUUCAAAGUGAAAGCUCAGAGCACUGGUAAAAGGCUUCUGGUUUUAGUACAUUAAGCAGCGUUUGCUUCCAAAUACCAGUUUUAUGUAUUUGCAAAGAGUUGGUAUGGCCCGUCCCUGUCCCUCAGCCCAGGAAGGUCUGCAACUGUAAUGAAAACAAAAAACCAAGGAAAACCUGGCUCUUAAAUCCAAUACGCUGGGCAAAUUGCAGCCAGCACCGGCACUGUACUCAGAAACUCCUUCCUUUCAGUUUCAGUGAUGCUGUUUGUCCUCUGAUGAGCUCCCUGUUCUACCCUGGAGGAGCCCACACCACUAAUAUGCCUCAAAAAAGACUGUCUGCGCAACUACGUGCAGCUGAAAAGCUUGCAGGAGCUAACUGCAACAGUAAACCAGGAGCAGGUUUAUGCUGUAGCAACGGGUCUCUAUCAAAUUCCCCAAAUCAUCCAAUUAACCCUAUUGCAAAGGGCCACGAAGCUGAGCUUCCUACCUCUCACAGUUCCCCUCUCACGUGCGCUUGUGCUGUACGGUCAAGAGCUGAGAGACGGCAACUCACAUUUUGAACGUGAGGAAUAAAGGCAGACGGCUUUUCCUGAUCCAACAGGACAUUGCUAAUGAAUUUCAGUGGGAGAAGCUGCAAGUCCUGCAACUCAGAAGAGAAGGUACCAGAUUGUGUGGGAUAAGAUAAAGGAAAAGAGAACAAAAUAGACUGAAGAAUUUAACAGAGACCAGCUGAGUAUUUCUGCAGAAAUAAGAGGACUUUUUGGGGGGCUUACACUAACCCAGUGGCCCAAAAUAGCUGCAAAAUUAUCCUACACUGGUUGUCAGAAUUUUUAAAAUCGAUUCUAAAGGAUAAAUUAAAUGAGAUUUUCUCCUUUGCUCUUAAGAGUCGACAAUCCAGAGGUGCCACAAUACUUCUCCUGCCCCAGGGGCAUGUCACAAACCGAGUUGUUCCUGAUCUGCUCGGGUCGGCCAGAGGCUGCUGCAGCAAAUUCAGCCCCUCACUCACAUUUUGCCAUCAGUGCAAUAACAUACCCCGAAAGAGCACUGUACUCCUAAAGUGAAAAUAAGACCAAAGAGCAGCUGCCUGCUGCUAUUAGAUGACACCGGGGCGUCCGAUGGCAGUCUGGGCACUCCUGAGUGUCUGUAAACAAGGCGUGCUUGGAAAACAUACCACUUGCACGCUGCUUCAGACAGAAGUGGUUAAAAUUCUCCUCCUCCAAAUUUCCAGACCACCGUGUCCGCCUGCAGCAACGCAGGGGCGUUCAGAGGCACGAAGCUAUCCCAGGGACCUUCCUAAAAACAAACUUCCAGCUGUAGGAAAGGUUUAGCAGCUUUUCUUGCUGCUCUUCUGCAUGCGCAGGGGUGAAUCAAAAAUAGAGAAGUUUAAAAGCACAGUUAAUGCUCCCAGCUCGCGCAGGUGAUCAGGAACUUUAUGAAAUUAUAUUUGCAGGUUUGGCUUCGCCAACAGUUUUGGGAUACAGCUACAGGAAAAAGCUACACUUCUAUACUUGCCUCUGUAUAAAACUAUUUUUCUCUGAAAUGUGACAAUUCCUCAGAGAAGUAACAUUUAGCAAGACAUUCUAGCCGCAAUGCUGCGUUUUCAAGAUGCUCCUUUGAUACAUCAAACGGGCAGUUUCAAACAGCCAGAGUUUUCACCUUCUGCAUAGUUUUGGGAGCUCACACCUGAAAUGUUGUGUUUACACCAUUCCUUCCCUCCGAAACCGGUUCAGACUACGCCCUGAGCAUUAGCAGCGCCUGUCCUGGGCUUCUCCCUCUCUCUGUCUCUAAGCCGAGAGAGUCAGGGACUCCGAGUAGCUGAUGCUCAGCCAGGAAGCACACACGUUUCAUCAGAAGGAUGCAAGAGGAAAGAGGACUUACGCAGAGAAAAAUCACGCUUUUCUUUUUAUAGAAAGGGCAGCAAUAUGGGAGGACACUUAAACCGGCUGAGGAUUAUCUAAUCGCCGUGUGCCAAGCAUUGGAGUAAAGCAAACAGAUUUAUUAGCAUUUUAUAGGUCUUGGGGGGAUGGCUUAUUUCAAGGUCAAAGAAUUCUGGUAACCAAGGCGGAGAACGUUUCAGGCGGGUGGCUCAGCCAGUUUAAUGGCCGGUUUUCUCUGUGCACAGUGAUGAAGGAGUGAAAAGAGAUCUGUGUUAAUAGGCUACACCCUGCCCCUGGAGUCACUUUGCACUUGCUUCUGCUUUCUGGGCAGGAAAAGGUUUAUAUCAAAUCACAGACCACAGGCAGCAACUCCGAAAUGGACGUGAAGCACACAGCCACCUUUUCUUUAUUCUGAUUGUGAAAAUGCAAGGAGCCGUUAGCAUUUCUGCUCAGCAGGUUAGGAGGACAAAUUUAACGAGGAAAAGGCUUAGCUCUGUUCUCUGAGUAAGCGGAGCAAGGAAAAAGAAGAGCUUUAGUGGCUGCAACUGAAAUGGCAGCAGAUCAAGAAGAAACAUGACAACCAAGAAAGGAUGUUUGGACCCUUGUUAACCAUCUGCAUUUUCAGAACAGAUCAAAAGCUUGCUACUCUGAAUCUGCCUAAGUCUGGGUUAUAAAAGUGUUAUUUCUAAUUUACGCUGAAGGAAAAGCUAGGUGUAUAUACAAAUAUUAAUUAUUCUGAGUAAAACUGGUUUCCAUAUGUUUCUUAACGCUUUGGAAUAUUCAUAGAGGUGAGGGGAAAAAAAUAUCAAGAUAUUUAAAUGAAAAGUUUAACAACUCUCCCAUUUUUUAAAUACUCCCUCCUGCCCCGCCCCAAACCCAGCUUCAUUACCAGUAACCUGGGCCAGCUCUGAAAGGCAGCAGGUCUGCAUGCAGGUUUCCCAUCCAACAUCUCACUGGAAUCACAUUUAAAGGUUCUUACUCCAGCAUAUGAUUGCCCCAAACUCUGACCAGAAUCAAUGUGGCAGACCCCUCUGUGUGAAACAACACACCUAGAGAGAUUAGAUUUUUGCCCUGAAAAAUCAGCAACAGUAUAUAAAAUAAUACGGAACAUAGGAACACAGUAAAGGCAAAGAGGGAGGAGAAGGGGGGCUGGAGCAACAGUCAGAAAUAAGAUUUGGAUAGUAACCUGGGCCGCUUACACAACUGCUUUGACUCAUUUAAAAACUAGUUGUAGCUUUACAGUAAAUUCGAAAGUGUUGGAUGCUGUUAAGUUUAGCCAUGGACUUGGAUAAUUUUCCCUAAGUUGUAUCAGGAAGUGCUUGGAAAUGGACUGAGCAAAGUGCAAAGCUGUUCACUGAAGUUGAAAAGCGGCAGAAGUUGAACCGGGACCGCUGGAUCAGACAGGACAGCGGGUGAGCAGUGCGGAAGAGGAGAGCUGGGAAAGACCUCAAGAACCGGAAGCCUGAAUCUGAUAUAAUGGAGAAAAAAGGUCAAAAAAUUUUAGAUUUCCUGAGGGUCUGUGAAACUCAGGUCCCUGGAAGGUGACCACAGCAUCCGGGCUGAGGCUCAAGCUGCUGCAGCACCUUCUCACAUCCCCAUGUCCUCGCAGCAUGAGUCGAGAUCAGCCUUUUGUCUCAAAAUGCUGCCAGCUCCUUCGCCACGACUGCCCGCUUCGCCUCCCAGCUGCUUCCUCCUCAUUUUGCGGAGGAAGGCAGGGAAAGCAGGGACUUGGACAGGACAGGGAGAGGCUGCAGGAACACUGGGGAGGCCAGGAGAGGUUUGCCAGCUGCCACGUGAGCGAGAGGGGACUGAUGAUCUUCAGGGGAGAACAGCUCAGAUUUCAGCCUUGCUGUCACGCUUGGCGUUUGCUGAACUGUGCAGAACCCAAACAAACCCAGAUUUAGAAACUGAUGUUGCUAAGGCUAAUUAAGAACAAAUCUAUGAGAAAGCAGUUUUCCUGAACUAUUUUACCAUCAACAUAAGCGAAAAACUUCUUGUUCUUCAUAGAGGUUGUUUGAUGCUGGGUGCGCAACACAAGGCACAACUGACUCCUGUCUCAACAGACAAGUUGCUACAGAGAAGGAUCAGCUGUAGCUAAUCCUGGAAUUAAGCUGGUUUAAGGUCAGCUGUAUCCAAAUAGUGCCUUGCUCAUAUUCUCCCUAAUUAUUAAUGACUUUCAGGAGUGUGUUUCUAGCCACUAAGCUGAGCGCUAGAGAGCAGGAAUUCAAGGAAAGCUGAUAUUAAUAUUAAACUGAAGGUUUGAGUGAUGAUGUGCAGAUGCACAGAAAGACACGGUGCUUCCGCAGGGAGAACUGGAGCUAACUCUGCAGAGAAAGCAGAACUCAGAAGUGGGGGAAAGAUGGCGAGGCAGAGGGGAUGGAUGGGGAUAUCAGCGAUGGACAGAGGUGAACGCAGAGAAUUUGAAGGAGAUUACACACACUGCUUUUGAUUUAGUCCAAAAUAUUUAGACACAGCACAAGAAGUAUGCUUAAGAAGCACUAAGACACACUUCAGUCUAGGUGUUACGAUCAAGAUUACGUCUUAGGAUGCUUGAAGCAUACUGUGCCCAAGACUCCUCUGAUAGAGGUCUCUGCUUUCACUAGGAAGAAGUUUCAAGGCCUUUAGGAAAAGAUGGUAUUAUGUAAAUCAGAAAAAAGAAUCAUUUUUACAACACAAACCAGCAAAAAGUCAGGUAUUUUACCCAAGCUGUAAACAUGUUUAUUAAUUUAAAGUAGUUUCCAUUACUUCAGAGCUAUUAGAUCCUGCUCGUUUCUGUUCUGUUUAAUCAAGCAAGCUGUUUCCAAUUACAUAAAUGUUCCAUAGAGCAUUUGUUUCAUAGGUCAUAAGGAGGGGAACCAACACAUUAUCUUUUCUGGGAGUGGUAAACAAACAGCCCAGCUGCUGCAGUACCCAGAUCCACAUCAACAUCCAUAGUAAAGCUCUGACUGGAAAACAAUAUGUAGACCUCAAAACAACUGAGCUACAGGCCUCUUGUAGUAAAUCAAUGUUUAUGCACAUAAAACCACCCAUGAAACAGCAAAAGCAAUCAACAACUUCCCUGUAUGAGGAAUGGUCACUCCAACUAUUUUAUUAUUCCUUCCAUCAAAGAACAGUUACUCGAUACCUCUCAAGGAGAGGCUCUCUUGCUGCGAACUCCCUCAUUUCAACCUGAUCUAAAAAGAUAUCAACUGGAGUUGUAAUUACAAGUUACAGCUUGCGUCCUAGAAGUCAGGCACUUUACCUCACAUUAAAGCACAAAGAAGCGUGGAGUGAGCACCUGCCACUUCCACUGACCCCAGUGGAGAAGAACAACAUUCACUAUUGUAUACAGACAAACUGGUUAACAUCAAUGCCUGAGUAUCAUCGACGAUGAAGCCAUGGUGCUGAAAAUGAUUCUCAGAGAGAGUAGAGGAAUCAGAAAGAUUCUCCUUGAUUUGAUUUGGAAGCCAUUAUUUCUAAACUGAGUGCUGACAAAGAAAGGGAGAAGUACUUUUGUUCCUGCUUUAAUGAACGGACUCCCUUAAGCUAGGACAACAAAAGAAAGGAUGUC